CACAGGUCAAUGCAGGGAUAACGUUACAAAGAGAUAUAGAGAAGUCACAUCUUUUAUUAAGUUACACGUGUUUGACGCGUUUUUAAUUUGUUGUUUUUUUAUCUUCAACUUUAGUGUAAAAACGUGCUUUUGACUGUUUCUUCAUCUUACGUCGAGCAGGACUGUCGAAAGUGACGAAACGAUGAAAUACAUAAUAGGAAUUGGCGGAGUCACUAAUGGUGGCAAAACCACACUGACAAAUAAAUUGAUCAAGACUUUGCCCAACUGCUGUGUUGUGCACCAAGAUGACUUUUUCAAGAAACCUGAUCAGAUAGAAGUCGGGGAGGACGGCUUUAGACAAUGGGAUGUGAUCACAGCUAUGGAUAUGGAGGCCAUGACCAACACAGUAAAAGCCUGGAUCGAGAACCCAGUGAAGUUCGCCCGUUCUCACGGCGUCACUUUGUCCCCUGCAUCUGACGUGACCAACCCUGAUGACCAGAUCCACAUCCUGAUCGUGGAGGGCUUCCUGCUCUACAACUACCCGCCCCUGCUGGAUGUUUUCGACAAGUGUUAUUACAUCACGAUUCCCUAUGAGGAGUGCAAGAGAAGGAGAAGUACAAGACAGUACACUGUCCCCGACCCUCCCGGCCUGUUUGAUGGUCACGUGUGGCCGAUGUACCUGAAACACAGGAGCGCAAUGGAGGACUGCGGCUUGAAUAUUGCGUAUCUGGAUGGUUUGAAACCCAAAGAGGAGAUCUACAACCAGGUGUAUGAGGACAUUCAGAACAAUCUGCUCAAUCGUUUAUAGCAGGAAGACUCCUCUCCAUCCCUGUACAUAAUUUGUAAAUAGUCCAAGGAUUUUUUAUUUUAUUUUUUUUAAAUGAAGCUUUUGUAAUUUUAUUCUUUGUAUAUGCAACAAAGCAAUGUUAACUUAUCAUUGUCUUUUUAUUUUAUUUUUUAUUAAUCAUCUUGAGAUGAUGAAUAUUUGUUUUCUUUUUUUUAAGUGAUUGUUCAACAUAUCAUUAGUAUGUUACUGUUCUGUUAAACCACUGACAUGUACUGGACCAUUUUUUGCGUUCUCCUACAAAUAAAUGUGUUUUUUUUUUAUAGCUGUUUAUAUACAGUACAGCAAG